CAGCGGGGAGGCCGAGCCGGGAGUCCCCGCCGGGCUGAGGUGGCGGAGCGCGGGGCCCCGUUGUGCCCGGCAUCGAGCGGGAGGCCGGACCGCGGGGCAGUGCCCAAGGAGGGGAUCUUCAGGACUGCAAUGCCCGCCGCUGCUCCUUCUUACACACCUUGCCCUUCUCGUGGGAGUUAAGGACGCUCUCGAGAGGACUUUUAAAUAGACGCGGCUCCUACCUUUACUCUUUCUACUGAAGAAAUCACAGAUGAUGGCUUCUGACGCUAGCCAUAUGCUGGAAGCAGCUUUGGAGCAGAUGGAUGACAUCAUUGCAGGUACAAAGUCAGCUACAGAAUAUGCUAAUGGUGGUUAUGACAUUGUGUCACCUGCUCCAUCAGUAUACUUGGGCACAUUUCAAAUUUUGCAUCUCCUGGAAGAUCUAAAGAUGGCACUGGAAAUGCUAGAGGAUCCUCAAGAGAAAGAAGCAUUGCGAAAUCAAAUUCCGGGGGCCACAGCAGUGUGUAUACGAGAGUGGUUUGAAGAGAAUCUGUCACAGGUGAAUCAUCAUUCAUCUAAUAAUGAAACAUAUCAAGAAAGAUUGGCACGAUUAGAAGGUGAUAAAGAGUCUCUCAUACUGCAGGUGAGUGUUCUUACAGACCAAGUGGAAGCUCAAGGAGAGAAAAUCCGGGACUUAGAAAUCUGUCUUGAGGGGCAUCAGUUGAAACUGAAUGCUACAGAAGAAAUGCUUCAACAGGAGUUGCUAAGUCGAACAUCACUAGAGACUCAAAAAUUAGACUUAAUGGCUGAAGUUUCAGACCUGAAGAUUAAGUUGGUUGGGAUGGAAAAGGAGCAGAGUGAAUAUGAAGAGAAACAGAACAAAGCUGAGGGUUUGCUCCAGGAACUUAGACACCUCAAAAUUAAAGUGGAAGAACUGGAAAAUGAAAGAAAUCAAUAUGAGUGGAAAUUAAAAGCAACUAAAGCUGAGAUAGCCCAGCUUCAGGAGCAAUUAGCUCUCAAAGAUGCAGAAAUAGAACGCUUACAAAGUCAGUUGUCCAGGACCUCAUCACAUAACGAAGUGGCAGAAAGAGAUCAAGAAGUUCAAAGAUUGAAGAUAGGAAUGGAAUCGUUAUUGGCUGCAAAUGAGGAAAAGGACCGUCGAAUAGAAGAGUUAACACUGUUGCUCAGCCAGUACAGGAGGGUCAAAGAGAUAAUGAUUGCAGCUCACGGUCUUGUACGGCAGAAUGGACACUUGUAUUUAACACACAAGAACAGGGAACGAGAGUCAGGCUCUUCUGUCUCUGGUGGCAGUGAAGAGGAACUUGAGACAACUUUAAGGAAGUGGAAUCUUUUGAGUAAUCCUCAAGGAGAAUUAUUGAAAACAGAGGCAUCUUCAGGAGAAUUAUCACCAGCUGUGCUGUCUCCGUCGCCACACAAAGCUAUGGAAAUCAGUGGAAGCGUUCCAGUAUCUUCAGCUAAUUCAACCUCUCCACAAGAAGAAUCUCUGGAAAUCGUCAGCAGGGUUCCACAGAAAAAAAAGUCAAGUAGUUUAGAAGACUUGCAGAGUGAAUCCCUGGAAAAGUAUGUAGACGGAAAACCAGUACAGCCUGUUAUAGAACAAGAGAGUAAGCCCCUUGCGAAAGGCAGCAAGUACCAAACCUUGCCAGGGAAGCUGCCUCGACCCCUGCAGAAUGGAGAGCAGGGAACAUGUAAUUCAUCAGAUGGGUCUGGUGUGAACGACUCUGAGGACAGCAGCUUCCUGGGCCUGAGAGACACAGAAAACGUGGAUGGUACAGUAGUCUCAGAUGACCUUUCACCUCUUUCUUCGGGAACAGAUUCAGGCCCACAAUCUCCAUUGUCUCCAGAAAACAAAAAGAGUCCAAAAGGGAUCAAGAAAAUCUGGGGAAAAAUAAGAAGAACUCAGUCAGGUAACUUCCCUGCAGACGACCUGGGGUUGGCAGAGUUUCGAAGAGGUGGCCUCCGUGCAACAGCUGGGCCUCGGUUGUCCAGAUCAAAGGAAACCAAAGGCCAGAAAAGUGACUACAAUGCUCCAUUUGCUCAGUGGAGCACUGAAAGAGUUUGUAACUGGCUUGAUGACUUUGGUCUUGGUCAGUAUGUCAUAUUUGCACGGCAGUGGGUGACUUCAGGCCAUAUGCUGUUGACUGCGACACCUCAGGACAUGGAAAAGGAAAUGGGAAUAAAGCAUCCACUGCACAGGAAAAAAUUAGUUUUGGCCAUUAAAUCAAUAAAUGCAAAACAAGAUGAGAAGUCUGCACAGCUUGAUCAUAUCUGGGUGACACGAUGGCUCGAUGACAUUGGUUUACCUCAGUACAAAGACCAGUUUCAUGAAGCCAGAGUGGAUGGGAGAAUGUUGCAGUACUUAACUGUGAACGACCUUCUCUUUCUGAAAGUCACCAGUCAGCUGCAUCACCUGAGUAUUAAAUGUGCCAUUCAUGUGCUGCACAUCAACGGUUUUAACCCCCACUGUCUACGCAGGAGACCAGUUGAGGAGCAGAGUAACGGUUCACCAUCUGAAGUUGUUCAGUGGUCCAACCAUAGAGUGAUGGAAUGGCUCAGAUCAGUCGACCUGGCAGAAUACGCACCGAACCUUCGGGGAAGUGGAGUGCAUGGUGCCCUGAUUCUUCUGGAACCUCGCUUCAAUGGUGACACGCUGGCGAUGCUGCUGAAUAUUCCCCCUCAGAAGACUCUGCUGCGGCGGCACCUGACAACCAAUUUCAACAUAUUAAUUGGGCCAGAGGCUCAACAAGAAAAGAGAGAAAUAACAGAGUCCACAGCAUACACACCUCUGACCACCACUGCCAAAGUCCGGCCAAAGAAACUUGGAUUUUCACAUUUUGGAAAUUUAAGGAAAAAGAAAUUUGAUGAAUCAACAGACUACAUUUGUCCUAUGGAUACAAACCCAGGUGCUGCAAAUGGUUCUCAGAAAAACUAUGGUGGAUACAAAGGCCUUAGUCCUGUCACUGACAGGGAGCUGGAUCAGAUGGAACAUUCAGAAGGAACGGUAAUGCAAAUAGGGGCUCUUUCUCAAGGCAUAAGCCAUCUUACGGUAUGUACUAAUCCGUUCUUGUUUUAAAGUAACAAAUGUAUUCUGCCGGAAUUCAGUGCAAGUUGGUCGUUGCUGGUGGUAGUUAAGAGUAAAUUAACCUCUAUAGCCUGGUUGCACAUUCACAGUGGAAAACCACGCUGCUUAUAAAUUCCACUAGAAAUCAAGUUUCCUUUAAGGCUACUUUAAGUUUUCAUGAAUUUCUCUUAACUCAAUGACAGAUAUACAUCCCCUUAAAUGAAAACAAUUCUUCAAAGGUUUUAAGUAACCACCAUUGAAUGCCUCAGUCACAAAGAGAUACAGACUAGGAAAUUUACAUGAGCAAAAACUCAAUGAAAAACAAACAAAAACCCAACUACCACUAAUUCCUGACUUAAUUAAUUAGCAACUAAUUAACAUGUGGACUAAAAGGUAUAAUGAAGAAUUACAUAACAAAGCAGAGUAAUAUGCAACACAACAUCUUUGAGAGAGUCCCCUAAGGCAAACAAUAGCUCAUUUAAAGCUGCAUUUAAGAAAUUCCUUUUAAUUCGAGGUGGCUCUAAUCCCCUCUGUUAUGAAUCUGAUCUCACUGCAGUUGGAUUUGUUUAACCAUAGGACUCUAAAUGAAUAUGCUUAUUCAUUCGUACCUUGUUUUUUCAGACAAUGUUAAGCCAAGAUGAAAUGUUGAAUGACAGCAGAUUUUUAACACCUACCUUUGAAGACUGGAGAUGAUGCUUCAGUGUGACCAGGAAGAACACUACUAAUACCUCAUGCCUGUCCAGAGGGGCGGACAGGAAAAGCUUGAUGCGUCUACAGAAAAGCUUUACCUCUUUUCUGCCAAUUACACUUACCACAGAGCAUUUAGUACUGUCAAUGUAGCAAUGUGAUACAAGUAACUCUCCUCCACACGAUUUUCUUUACUGCAUAAUGUGAAAUAAGUGUUGAGAGAGAAUACAGCAGACUGGAAAGCUGAGGCUGGCACCACCCUUUUAUUCAGUCAUCUUUUCCAUGGUAUGUUUAUAUACUGUUUAUGGAAGAUCUUUUGUCAUUUUUUAUUUUUAUAAUUAAUUUGUAAUGCAGGAAUCAUAAUACUCUGUUGUACCAUGUGGACUAAUCAGAGCUACCUAGACAUUCAGAUGGAUGCUGGUGGGUACUGCCUCACCAACUACUACUGCAGUCCUGCCAGAGACUGUUUCCCAUGAAAAGAUUUUAAUCUCUCACCCCUUUCAUUAGCACAUGUCCUGCCCUCUUUUUAUCUAAGUAAGUAAGUGCAGUGUAGAAAGGGAAGACUAGAACGUAAUGGUAUCCAUCAAGGUGUUGCUUUUAUCAGGAUGAUGUCAAGAUGGCAUGUUCAUAAAUCUUGACCUAACUCAAAAAGAUGCUGAACAACUCCAGCAGGAUAUGUAACUUUGAGGCUGCCAGAGAAACUGAUGUAUUCAAAAGCUGGUGCUUCAUUUGACGUGAUGUUUUUUUAAUUGUGAUUUUUAUAUGUGCACUAAGAUGGUCACUAUCAAGGAGAAAUCACAACAUCUAAUUAAUGUAAAAUGUAACUUUAAGAAAGGUGUUUGCUGCACUCUGUAGGGUGAGUACCACAGAAUUUCCAGCAUGAUCCACUGCCUGGUUUUACAUGACAGUUCUUUAAUUGGAAUGACUGGAUGGGCUCUGUCUGUACAUUGAUGUUUUGUCCAAAAUGGCUAGUGCUGAUGUACGUGUGCAAGCAUCAGGAUGUUCAUAAGCCUUCUGAACAGUCAAAAUGGUUCAGACCAGGUUUCAGCCCCAUACCUGGUUGAAACCCAGUACUGGCUCUCAGGAAGACAGGAAUGGUAAUAAACCUAUUUCUUAAUUAAACGUAUGGCUGCAAACAGUCCUGAGGACUGCAGACUACAGUAGAAACACUUCUGUAAUGUUUGCAUGACAACUGAUGGUCUUAUAAAUGAUAGAACUGAAAGUAAACAGCACUCUUCAUUCCAGCUAUGUCUAAUUAUCAUAGAAUACUUUGUUUAGCAAGAGGAGACAAACAUUAUUGCUUUGUGAAGUGUAAAAUGCCACUAAGGAGCAUCAGGCAAGCACCUUAAUAAAAUAAAUAUUUGUUUCUUUAAAACAGCUGACAAAAGAGAGCUGUUGCUAUUCUACUGAGCUAGGCAGGACUGCAGCACUGUGAAAGAGGAAAACACAGUCUCUCGUUGCUCAGCUGAGGGGCAGUUCGCAGGUGAAGGUGGCUCCUUUACAGCAGUUGUUACUUGUGGCAUCAGUUGACAUGUGCCUCUCAUGUAUUAAUAAUGAAUUAACUUAUCUUAGUUAACAGGGAAAUGCCAGAGAAGAAAUCGCCUCAGUUGUAAAGACCCAGCAAGCAUAUGGUUGGUGUGCAUUACUCUUUCCCCUGCAGGGUGUUGGUUUACAUGUUGCAGAUAAAGGGGAAAUCUCUGGUACUGUCCCAGGUAUGCAACAACAGCUCUUCCAGAGCCGUCAGUGGCACUUGUUAAAGGUGACCUAUUCUGCUUCUCAAUCCCUGAGCCUCUCAUGAGAGACCCUGCACUGUAUAGUCAGAUUUUAGAAGCUGAACACGAUUUUAUUGUACAAAAUGGUAAAGCCAAAGCAAAUUAUUUUUCAAUCACUUGAACAAUGAAAUUAUAAUGGAAAAUUCAAAGGAACAAGAAAUCAGUCUACACAUCAGCCAACUAAAAAUGCUUAAUAAAAGGUACUGAAUGUACCAGUCCAGUACAUCUCCCAUCUGGCAAUGCAAUCAUCACUAGCAACUGUGUGCUAUGGGCAUCUGAAAUACUUUGUUGGUUUAAUUAGCCACCAGACUUGUUACAGCACUACAAAUAAGGUAAGCUGUUCUAACAGAGAAUAUCAUUGGGAUAUUCCAAGCAGAUUUUCAGUUUUCUUUUGACGAUAUAUUUAUAACUCAGUGUGGUGUUCUGCUAACUUGGCUGUGAAUAGUCAAUCUAUAAAGUUAUUGGUAUUUUUAAUACAUGUAUCUAAGUAAGAAAUCCUAACUAGCAUAACACUGGCAUAAAUGCUUAUUUUUUUGACUGUUAUGAAUAAAUGCUGAAUGUUCGUCCA